GUUACUUCCGCUGGUGCAGACGCGGAGUUUCCGUGGGAUCAGGCCGGCGUCUGUGAGGGUACUGGGUAGUGUGCGCUGGACGUGGGGCUCCCGGCGGAGGCAGCCCAGGAUGAAGGGCGUCUGCUCCGAGGCUGGGUGCGCGGUGGCCAGUUCCAGGCCAAUCUGACUUUGAACUCACAGAGAUCCACCUGCCUUCCUAGGCUGGGAAGAAGCCUACAAGAUCAAAUGAAGUCUGAGGAUGGAACAGAAGUGGGACUUUUAAAAUGUUGCCCUGUAAAAAGAGAAGAGCUGUGGUGAUAGAAUCUGUGCAGCAGCAGGUGGACCAGAAGGGUGAGGACUUAGACCCAGAGGCAGCUGUGAAGCCAGAAUCAGACCAGCUCAGAAACUCCGGGUCCCAGUCACCGUCCUGUGGUCAGAGCCAUGACCGUGCAGUGUGCCCUGAAGAGCACUUCACCCAUCAUGUAGAAAAUCAGUUCACUGAGGAGGAUCCAACUUUGAGCUCUAAGAUGCUCACCCAGCGUGUAAACUUACCGGUUCUGGAAGGUGCUGAUGUAGCUGUCUCUCAGGAAAUCACCCUUCCUUCCUUGGAGUCUUCUCAUUCCCUUCCUGUACACAUGGAUAAAGGGAGACUGCAGGCCACUGCCUCAAGGAAGGGGAAGAAAAUUCUCUCCAAGCCUGGGCUGGUUACCAGAGAAGACCGAGGGGAUCAUCCUGUGGUGGAAGAACCUCCUUCAGGAGAGCCUGGUGAAGUCAAGGUGGAAGGAGGAAAACUUGAGAUGCAUUCUCGAGGGGAGUUACCCUUGCUGUCAUCAGGCAGCCAGUCUGCAAAGCCAGGAGCCCAGCCUAGGAGGCCAUUCCAGCCGGAUGCUUCUGCCUUCCCUCAAGAAAAGCCACUCAGAGCUCUGCUUCACCAAGCUGAGGAGGAGACGGAGGAUGCUGGACUCUUUAUUCCAACGGAAGAGCAAGACAGUGAAGAAACUGAUAAAAGGAAAAAAACUAAAAAGGGUACCAAGAGGAAACGAGAUGGAAAGGGUCAAGGACAAGGAACGAUGGCAUAUGACCCAAAACUGGAUGACAUGCUGGAUCGUACCUUGGAGGAUGGUGCCAAGCAGCACAAUCUGACUGCUGUCAAUGUCCGAAACAUUCUGCAUGAAGUAAUUACAAAUGAACAUGUUGUAGCCAUGAUGAAAGCAGCCAUCAGUGAAACAGAAGACAUGCCACUGUUUGAGCCCAAGAUGACUCGCUCUAAACUGAAGGAGGUUGUGGAGAAAGGAGUGGUAAUUCCAACUUGGAAUAUUUCACCAAUUAAGAAAGCCAAUGAAAUCAAGCAGCCUCCACAGUUUGUGGAUAUUCACCUUGAAGAAGAUGAUUCCUCAGAUGAAGAGUACCAGCCAGAUGAAGAAGAGGAAGAUGAGACAGCUGAAGAGAGCUUAUUGGAAAGUGAUGUUGAAAGCACUGCUUCGUCUCCACGUGGAGUGAAGAGAUCCAGACUGCGGCCGUCUUCUGAAGUGGCUGAGACAGAUGAGGAGAGUGGCAUGUUGUCAGAGGUUGAGAAAGCUGCCACUCCUGCUCUUAGGCACAUCAGUGCUGAAGUGGUGCCCAUGGGGCCCCCACCUCCUCCAAAACCAAAGCAGACCAGAGACAGCGCUUUCAUGGAGAAGCUAGAUGCGGUGGAUGAGGAACUGGCAUCUAGUCCUGUAUGCAUGGAUUCUUUCCAGCCCAUGGAGGAUAGUCUUAUUGCAUUCCGAACACGUUCUAAGAUGCCCCUGAAGGAUGUUCCUCUGGGUCAACUAGAGGCUGAGCUUCAGGCUCCAGAUAUCACACCAGAUAUGUAUGACCCAAAUACAGCUGAUGAUGAGGACUGGAAGGUGUGGCUGGGGGGCCUCAUAAAUGAUGACGUGGAGAAUGAGGAUGAAGCAGAUGAUGAUGAUGAUCCAGAAUAUAACUUCCUGGAAGAUCUUGAUGAACCAGACACAGAGGAUUUCCGUACUGACCGGGCAGUGAGAAUCACUAAGAAAGAAGUGAAUGGGCUGAUGGAAGAGCUGUUUGAAACUUUCCAAGAUGAAAUGGGAUUCUCCAAUAUGGAAGACGAUGGCCCAGAGGAAGAAGAGCGUGUAGCAGAGUCUCGGCCUAACUUCAAUACCCCUCAAGCCCUAAGGUUUGAGGAACCAUUGGCCAACUUGCUAAAUGAACGACAUCGGACAGUGAAAGAGCUGCUUGAACAGCUGAAAACGAAAAAAUCUUCAGGCAAACAGCAGCCUGAAGUGGAGAAGCUUGAGCCUCCGAAGGAGAAAGUCCAUCCGACUUUAACUCUAGAGCCAGCACAGAGGAGCAGGCUUCAGCAGCAGAUGCAGCAGCAUGUUCAGCUCUUGACACAAAUCUACCUUCUCACCACCUCCAACCCCAACCUCAGUUCCGAGGCCAGUACCACCAGGGUAUUUCUUAAAGAGCUGGGCACCUUUGCUGAGAACUCCAUUGCUGUCCACCAGCAGUUCAACCCCAGGUUUCAGACCUUGUUCCAACCCUGUAACUGGAUGGGAGCUAUGCAGCUCAUUGAAGACUUCACACACAUCAGCGUUGACUGCAGCCCUCAUAAAACCGCCAAGAAGACUGCCAGUGAAUUUCCAUGUUUGCCCAAGCAAGUGGCUUGGAUCCUGGCCACAAACAAGGUUUUUAUGUAUCCAGAGCUCCUUCCAGUAUGUUCCCUGAAGGCAAAUAAUCCUCGGGAUAAGACCAUCUUUACCAAGGCUGAGGACAAUCUGUUAGCUUUAGGACUGAAGCACUUCGAAGGCACUGAGUUUCCCAAACCUCUAAUCAGCAAGUACCUUGUCACUUGUAAGACUGCCCACCAGCUGACUGUGAGAAUCAAGAACCUCAACCUGAACAAGGCUCCCAACAACGUGAUUAAAUUUUAUAAGAAGACCAAACAGCUGCCAGUUCUGGUGAGGUGCUGUGAAGAGGUCCACCCACAUCAGUGGAAGCCACCUAUCGAGAAGGAAGAACACAGGCUCCCAUUCUGGCUAAAGGCCAGUCUCCAGUCCAUUCGGGAUGAACUGCGGAACAUGGCUGAAGGUGCUGUGGAAGGAAGAAAUGUGAACACAGCCCCCGAGACCAGCAGCGAGCAACACUCGGAGAAAGCCAGCCCUGAGUCGGGGGGUGAAACGCGAUACCCCUUGAUGUUGCCCAAGGGUAUAGUACUCAAAUUGAAGCCGGGUUCUAAGCGUUUCUCCAGAAGGGCUUGGCGACAGAAGCGGCCAUUGGUCCAGAAGCCCCUCCUUAUCCAACCCAGCCCCUCUCUUCAGCCUACAUUCAAUCCUGGGAAAAUAGCAGCCUGGCCAACUCAAUCAGAAGUCCCUUCAGGGAACACGGUGGUCCAGAUUCCUCAUCUGAUCCAGCCAACCACUGUUUUACAGACACUUUCCGUGUCUGUGGGAAUCAGUGGAGAAGAGAGUUGUGAGUCUCCUGAAGCACUGCCCACUCUGCCUUGUGGCUCGGAGGCCAGGACCAGCUUCCCCUUUUCAAAGUCUCAGUCAUCCCUGCCUUCCUCCUCUGCACCCAAGUUAAUGCUGCCCUCGCUUGCCCCUUCUCGAUUCCGAAAGCCAUACGUGAGGCGGAAGCCCGCAAGAAGAAAAGGAGCCAAGGCUUCUCUCUGUGUCAAACCUGCGCCCAUCAUCCACCCCACACCUGUCAUUUUCACUGUUCCUGCCACCACAGUGAAGGUUGUAAGCCUGGGCAGUGGCUGUAACAUGAUUCAGCCUGUUAAUGCAGCUGUGGCCCCAAGUCCCCAGACAAUUCCUAUCACCACACUCCUGGUUAACCCCACUUCUUUCCCAUGCUCAUUAAACCAACCCCUUGUGGCCUCCUCCCUCUCACCCUUAAUUGUUUCCAGCAGUCCUGUGACUCUUCCUGUACCUUCUGUUCCUGAAGAUCAGGCUCAAGUGAACUUGGAUACUGCCGAAGGGAAAAAUGUUCCUCAAAACCCUGAGUGCAAAUUAAAACCCCAGGAACUAACUCCUCUCUGUGCUACUGUCUUCUGCAAAGAGGAACCUAGGCCAUGGCCUUCUUCAGCUGGUGGGGAAAGCCAGGAAGCAUUCUCAGAAUCGAGUGGCUGUGGUUGGGCUAUUGUGAAGACAGAAAGCCAGGAAGGAUCUUCGGAGAAGAGUGCCUGUGGCUGGACUGUUGUGAAGACAGAAGAUGGUGAGCAUGUUGUAGAGCCAUUGCCUCAGAAUUUCCAGGAACCUCUGAGCUCUGCACCAAAGGAUUUAGAAGAAGUGGUCAAGAUGGAAGCUGAGGAUUAUAUGGAGGAAAUCUCCAGUGGCUUCCCCAAGCAGGACAUUGGUGAGGGAGUAAAGGAGGAGUGUGCUAUGGAAUUUGACAGUGCAUCCCCACAGGAGACACUGAGUAGUGCUGGUGAGAUGGAAAGACACACAGUCGUGCGGAGGGAAGAGAUGCAGGCAGCUAAAUCCCCUUCUGUGUCCCAGGACAUUCCUGAUGAGGGAAGUACCAGUGGGGAUGCAAGCAGAGGCUUGCCAAAAGGCACUGCCUGCUCCGCGGACCAGGAGGUGGUGCUUAGCAGUCCUCCAGGGAGGGCUGAGGACGCGGCUAGUGCUGACGGUCAGUCUGUGGGGACCCCAGCAGGACCAGACACUGGAGGGGAGAAGGAUGGCCCUGAAGAAGAAGAGGAGGAGGACUUUGAUGACCUCACCCCAGAUGAAGAAGAUGAGCUAUCGUCAGCAUCUGAGGAGUCUGUGCUUUCUGUCCCAGAGCUCCAGGAAACAAUGGAGAAACUGACUUGGCUGGCAUCUGAAAGGCGUAUGAGUCAGGAGGGUGAGUCUGAGGAAGAGAACUCCCAGGAAGAGAACUCUGAGCCAGAAGAAGAGGAGGAAGAGGAGGCAGAAGGAAUGGAAGUCUUGCAGAAAGAGGAUGAAGUGAAGGAUGAAGCGGUUGGAGAUGCUGCUGAGAAACCUCCUUCUACCUUGGCCUCACCCAAGACUGCUCCGGAAAUAGAGACCAGCAUAACCCCACCAGGAGAGAGCAUCAAAGCUGCUGGAAAGGGCCGGAGCAAUCAUCGAGCUCGAAACAAGCGGGGCAGUCGGGCUCGGGCCAGCAAGGACACCUCCAAGCUGCUGUUGCUAUAUGAUGAGGACAUUCUCGAUCGGGACCCACUCAGGGAACAGAAGGACCUGGCCUUCGCACAGGCUUAUCUAACCAGGGUGCGAGAAGCUCUGCAGCAUAUCCCAGGCAAGUACGAAGACUUCCUUCAGGUCAUCUAUGAGUUCGAGUCAAGUACUCAGAGGCAGACCGCUGUGGAUCUCUACAAAAGCUUGCAGAACCUGCUCCAAGACUGGCCUCAGCUCUUGAAGGACUUUGCUGCUUUCCUGCUACCCGAGCAAGCCCUGUCCUGUGGACUAUUUGAGGAGCAACAGGCGUUUGAGAAGAGUCGUAAGUUCCUUCGGCAGCUGGAGAUAUGCUUUGCGGAGAACCCCUCACACCACCAGAAGAUUAUCAAGGUUCUUCAAGGCUGUGCAGAUUGCCUUCCUCAGGACAUCACUGAGCUCAAGACCCAGGUGUGGCAGCUCCUCAGAGGCCAUGGCCACCUACAGGAUGAGUUCUCCAUCUUUUUUGAUCAUCUGCGCCCAGCAGCUAGCAGGAUGGGUGACUUUGAAGAGAUUAAUUGGACUGAAGAGAAAGAGUAUGAGUUUGAUGGCUUUGAAGAAGUGACACUCCCUGAUGUAGAAGAGGAAGACGAGCCUUCCAAGGUGCCCACAGCCUCAAAGAGCAAGAGGAGAAAAGAGAUUGGAGUCCAGCAUCAUGAGAAGGAGACUGAAUGGCCUGAUGCAGCCAAGGACUGUUCCUGUUCCUGUCACGAGGGAGGUCCUGAUUCUAAGCUGAAGAAGAGCAAGAGAAGGAAUUGUCACUGCAGCAGCAAGGUCUGUGAUAGCAAAUCCUACAAGAGCAAGGAGCCCCUGGAGUUGGUGGGCACUAGCCCCCACCAAGAGGUGAGUCCUAUGCCCAGCACUAAGGAAGCAGGACAAGGCAAGGAAAUGUUGGAAGAGGAAGCCCCGGAGGAGCAGGAGAACAUUGAGGCAGUCCAGAGUAAGACUGGCAGGACCACCAGAAAGGGAGAGACACCUAUUCCAGGGCCGACAGUAGGGAGGACUUUGCUGUGCUCUGCAAAAAUGACUGUCCUGGAGCAGCCCUUGCAGGGCUCAACACUCUGCUCACCAGACACUCCUCAGCUUCCUGCUCAGACUGAAGCUGUAGUCUCCUCUGUCAGAAGAAACCAGGCUGGGCCUGAAGGUGUCUCCUGUAUUGGUACAUCCUCCGAACCUCCUGAAGAUGGUCAGGACCAAAAGACUGCUGCUACCUCAGAGAGUAUUGCACCACUCCCAAGUGCAUCAGAAACUGAGAAACUGCCAGGCACUGCUGAGCUCCCCGCUUCCCUCCCGAGUCCUGUUUCCUCAAGGACCAGAGACACAGGGAGAAGACACAUAUAUGGGAAAGCAGGCACUCAGAGCUGGCUACUUGAAAGUGGGGCUGAGGCAAAGACAGCCCAUAUGGUGGUACCUAUCCGUGGAACUUCAUCGGGAAUUACUGCCUCGGAGAUUGCCCCCAAAGCUGCCAGCGGGGUCAUGGCUGAAGACAGUGGGACACAAGGCAAGGGCCCAGAGGGGGGUCUAAAAGCCUCAGAAGCCACUGUCUGUGCUAACAACAGCAAGGUCAGCUCCACUGGGGAGAAGGUGGUGCUGUGGACAAGGGAAGCCGACCGAGUGAUUCUCACCAUGUGCCAGGAGCAGGGAGCACAACCUCACACCUUCAGCAUCAUCUCUCAGCAACUGGGAAAUAAGACCCCUGGUGAGGUUUCCCAUCGCUUCAGAGAACUCAUGCAGCUCUUCCAUACAGCCUGUGAGGCCAGCUCUGACGAUGAGGAUGAUGCCACCAGCACCAGCAAUGCAGACCAGCUCUCUGACCACGGGGACCUGCUGUCUGAAGAGGAGCUGGAUGAGUGACCUGGAGAGGUAUAGCUGUCAUCUUCCAGGAUCAAUUCAAUCGUCAUCUGUACUGGACAGAAGGUGGCACUUCAUUUGUGGAGACUCUGAGGACAGAGGGGGUCUGGAGGUGGCUCUGCAGCCUGUGUGUCCCUCGUGGUCAUUGGGGAAGACCCUACAAUCCAACCUGUGCAUAGUGUUGAGGGAGAAUGGUGAUCUGUGUUUUUAUGUGUACAAAUGCCUAUGUCAUGUAACAGGUCCCUAUACAGUGGGUCCUGCACCCGGCAGCUUUUAUUAUAAAGUAUCUCCCCAUUACCCUCCCCUGGAACGUCAGUUUGAAAGACUGUCACCCUCCUGGUAACACUGGGCCAGGCUGUACAACUCCUGCAGCAGCUCCUCCAUGUCAUCCUGCUCCACCCCAGCAUCCAUGAAGCUAGCCCAGCGCCGUAGGUCAAGUCUGGCAAGCUCUUCAGCCAAGUCUCCCAGGGUCCGGUGCAAGGAUGAAGAUGAGCGCAAGGCCCCAAACACAGGGAUGCUCUGCACUGCUGCAGAGGGAGAGAAAAGGGAUGCUGCGUGGACUGGGGCCCGGUAGACCUGACUCAUGUGUGUACUGUCCCCGUGUGCCAGCGCCCCAGGGCGCUUGCAGUUGAGUAGGGGAACUUUCUUUUCUUUAGCACUUGGAAUCCAGGAAGAGAAAGAGUAAAAUGCUCUCGUGUAGCCAAA